AUGUGGGGCGUUCUUGGCAUUUUCGUGGCGGGGCUUUGCUUGGCAUGCGCCCAACAGGGGAGGAAUGAACUCGUUUUCUCCGACGAUCUUCCGGCAUAUAUACCUAGUCAAAACAAGGAUCAAAACUUUGCGCUGAAUUCAAUUCUCCCACAAGUUAAUUUUGGAUUUGCAAUUCGACCGACCUCUACCUCUAACUUUGCUAUUGUCAAUCAAUCACCAAUUGUAAGUGCGCAAAUUCAAAACCUGAAUCAAGAUAACUUCCCCAAAGGUGUAUCACUGGAACCUCCCUCGGCAUCAAUAUCUCCAACUCGAGCCACAAUCGCGUUUGGGUUCUCCGAUCAAAUUAGUGUGCAAGAUGACCAGCCGGCUUUCUCAGGUCGUCCUGGUGCUGAAGUUCUGCAAUUAGAAUCCAGUUCAUCAAAUUUUGGAUCGAUUCCAUCCAACCAGAAUACGCUUCCAAUCAACCAAAAUACGGUUCCAAUCAACCAGAAUACGGUUCCAAUCAAUCAGAAUACGGUUCCAAUCAACCAGAAUACGGUUCCAAUCAACCAGAAUAUUGUUCCAACAAUUGAGCAGCCAUUCAGCAAUUCAAUCAUCGAUUUACAGUCUGGAGAGCCCCCUUCCUUCCAACAACUGACUCCAUUCUCGCAAUUUGGAUUUUCUAAUAUUGUGAGUGAAAGUUCGAUAGUGAACCCAUUCCUUGGACAAAAUGGGGAGUUCAGUCAAAGUAGUCCUCCAACGACAAGUGCAACAACUCCUCCUGACAAUGUCCAGUUUGGUUUAACCAACACCCGCCCAAUCCAGACAGUUCCAACCCAAACGAUCUCUCCCACAAAUCAAGGAGUACAGACAUCGUUGCCUUCUUUGGGUAAUUCCAACGGGCCAGUUAUAUUCAAUCCUCCAAGUUUGAUCAGUGACGGCCAAGACGAUAAUUUGAGAUUGAAUCAAGGUAUCGAUCCGUUUUCUCAAGCAUCAAUUUCGCCUUCGACCUUCACCUCCAUAGUGCCACCUCUCAUUCAGAACCUCCAACCAACGAUUGAUGUGGGAUCGACAUUUGCCAAUAAUCCAGCUGAUGGGCAGGUGAUCCAAACUCUUCAACAAUCAAGCUCAAAUAUACGGACUGAUGGAGCACCUCAACCAUCACUGCAACAACCGAAUGCAAUCAAUCAACCCGAGGACAUAACAGGGCAACAACCUGUCGAGCCCCUUAACCCAAAUAUUCAAACUGAUGAUGGAGCAGGGCAGGAGCCCAAUAUUCUCCUACCUGUGGCGGUUGUCCCUCCCCCCGUUGUGCCAACAGGCCCACAACAGCAAGGCAUCCCUGUCAAUCUAAAUCAAUUGCCCACACCUACUCCGCCUCCUGCGCCUUUAGUCCAAGCCCCUCAACCUGAUUUGAGUAGCGAUGAUUGUCUGGAACGCGUUUGUGACCAAAUCAUAACCGGGCGAGAUCUUACUUACGAAAGAGCCUUGGAAAUCCUUCAAGAUGAGGAAUAUUUAGAUGCAACUGAUUUUGAUGUUGUUCGACGACAUCGAAGAUUCAAAAGACGCUCAGAAGAAAGGAAAAAGCCCAAGACACUGUCAAGAAAGACCCGACAAGUUUGCGGGUUUUUCAACUCUUGCGCUACGAAUCAAAUUGCUCAAUCAAGUGCAGCGUCUCCGGUUACCACUACAUGUCCCUCGAGUUCCUCAUGCCAACGAAAAAGAAAGAAGCGCCAGGUGUGCGAAUUAGUGGCUAGUUUGCCUGUCACCUCGGCAAAUGAUUGCUUAGUGCUUGGCGUAGCCGGUGGGGUUGCAUCAGCAGCUGCCAUCGCUGUCGGAGUAAGGCCAAACGCUCCCCCACCCCCACCUCCAGCUCCUAUAGCUCCACAACCAGUGGUACAACCAUUGCGAAUUGUCAAUGCCAUUGACGUCUUCCCCGAAUUAGGGCUUGCCCCUAGGGGUGUGCCCCAACCCGGUCAAUUUGGAGGGGGUGCCUUACCUUUCGUCACGGAUGGAGCUUCAGCUGAAUCCUUAGGAUUAGUGCCCGAUGGAUUGGUUCCGGUGGCAAUUUUUCCCCCCUUUCAAAACGCCCGAACCAGAGCCGAUGCUGUGGGGGUGAUCUUCUCCGAAACAGACGACCAAUCCAUCACAGUGGCCGGGUUCGAUCCAGCAGAUCAGGUAGAUUUCCUGAAUCGACGCCAGCCAAGGUUCAAAAGAGGGAUUGUCCAGAGCUUGAGACACUCAGUCAUGUCCGGUUUGGGUCGGUUAAGGCAUCAGGUUCGGCGUUUUUGGGGCUUUCGCCAGGCCCGUAGAGAUGGAUAUUAUAAGCAACCAGCUUCUUUGUACAACCAGUCCAACGUUCGGCUCAACUUUAUUGAGGUCGAACGGCGUUAUGGGGUCAGAAUCCGAGUUCGAGCCCGACGACGUUGCUCUUCGGAAGAGGACUGUAAUUCAAGUUGCCGUGAUGGAAUAUCUCCGGUCCAGUGCAACGCAUUGACUGGUCUCCCGUUAUUCAAUGCAAACAUUAACAACCCUAUUGCCAGACAAACGGGAGAGGAAUUUCAAUCGGAUGCCGCCCCUGAAUGCCGGGUGGAACUGUCAGAUUCGUGCCUAAGAAUCAGACGGAGGCGGCGUCGAUUUUGAAGUAAUGUAUCCUUGGCUUAUUUUGAAGCGCAGGAAAAUAAUAAUAAAACGCCAAAUUAUUUUCAAACCUCUAGAGUCUGUACAAUCAUUAAUGAAAAUAUUGACAAAACUUAUGA